AUGUCAGAGCACGUUGACGUCACACAAUAUUAGAUAUAAAAUUUAAAAAUCGUGCUUAAAAUUUUAUUUUUGAACUCCAAAUUCGAAAACCAUGUUCAUACCGAAAAUACAAGACAUUGGAUACUUUGCGCUGCUGACAUCCCUGCACUUGGGCUCAAAUCUUCAGCCGGUCAUCGAGGCGAAUGCCCAUUUAAAAACGGUCUAUCCCUCCGUGGAUCGUAAUCUAACGCUCCAAUUGGGCUACAAAUACAAUCACUGGAUGCUGGUCAAGGCCAUAAUGUAUUCCCUACUAUCAAUGAUCGGAGUUUGGUACUGCCGACACUUGCAAAGUUGCAAAAGUGAGGUAUCGAUGGAAAGGAAAGGAAUCCUUAAAACUACGGCCGCAACAGCUGCCGAGCAAGUCAAAAACAAUUGGAUAAAAAAACAGAAUUCCGCAUUGAAUAAGGGACCCUUUCCGCGGAAUAUAUUCCUGUUAUUUGCCUUGCCCUGGAUAUUGACCUUUGUGGCCAGCGGAUUGAUCAACUAUAUUCAAUUUUAUAUGGUGAUUCAGCAUUUCUGCAUAUCUAACUGGAGGGCGAUUCAGCUAUAUGGAGAACUACAAGGGCUUUUUUGGCAUCGUUCUGCAUCAGUGGCUUUGAUACCUUAUUGGUCGCAAAUUAUCGGCGGAGGAGUAUCCUUGGAGAAGGCAUCUCAUCUUUCCGGAAAUCGUAUUUCCAUUGAAACGCAUCUUUUGGACUGAACAUGGCAAUCUUGAUUUAAAAUUUUUAUUUUAUGUUCACUGCCAAAAUUAGAAAUAUUGAAA